GCCAACUGUCAGUCGAACCACGAACUAGAACUGCUAUAACCACGCGCCCUCUAACGCAAGAUUUUAAUUUUUUUACGACUUUAAAUACAGCUAACUAAUGUCGUACACUAAAGUAAUACCAGGUCUAGUCAGGGCAAAUUCUGACAACAUCAAGAGAAUAUGCUUGUCUCAGGGGAGAUUUCGGUCCACGAUCGCAUCCAAGCAACGUAAGGAGGUUGAAGGAGGGAAAGAAGAGCAGCAACUUGUUGAGUGCACCGUGGUGAAACCUGUUAAAGCAGACCUCAUCAGCCAAACCAAAAAUAACACCGCUGCUCAAACACGGAAGAUCGCAAUCGACUUUGAUAAUACACAUGAAGCGUAUAAAAGUAAAGAUAACAUUGAGCUGCUUAGAAGUCUGUUGGUCUUCAAGCUUUGCACAUUCGACUUCCUCGUUGACAAGAACAAGGAGUUGAUGGACCUCACCAAGAAGGUGUUUGGCAAGCGGCUGUUUGAGACGCUGAUGAAGAUGACGUUCUACGGGCAGUUUGUGGCUGGGGAGGACCACAACUCCAUCAAGCCUCUGAUCCAUAAGAACCAGGCCUUUGGCGUGGGGUCAGUCCUCGAUUACAGUGUGGAGGAGGACCUGACGCAAGAGGAGGCAGAGAAGAAGGAGAUGGACUCCUGUGUGUCUGAAGCUGAGAAAGAAAGUCCAGGCGUUGACCACCGUGAGAAGAAGUACAAGGCCCACCGUCAGUUUGGGGACCGUCGUGGGGGCGUGGUCAGUGCCAGGACCUACUUCUAUGCUGACGAGGCCAAGUGUGACGCCCAGAUGGAGACCUUCCUGAACUGCAUCAAAGCGUCAGGGGGGGCAUCUGUAGAUGGAUUUUCUGCCGUUAAGAUGACUGCCUUGGGCCGCCCACAGUUUCUGCUCCAGUUCUCAGAGGUGCUGGUGAAAUGGAGGAGGUUCUUCAACCUCCUAGCAGCACAGCAGGGAAAGUCUGGCAUGGAUGCACUGGAGCAGAAACUGGAACUGGAACAGCUGAAGGAGAGUUUGACUAAGCUGGGUGUUGGAAAUAAAGACGAGAUUGAGAACUGGUUUACUGGAGAGAAACUGGGCUCAUCAGGAACAAUAGACCUCCUGGACUGGAAUAGCUUGAUCAACGACAGAACAAAGAUCUCAAACCUGCUCGUCAUUCCCAACGUUGAGAAUGGUCAGCUGGAGCCUCUGUUGAGGAAGUUCACUGUUGAAGAGGAGAAACAGAUGAAGAGGAUGCUGCAGAGAGUGGAUGUUCUGGCCAAGCAUGCGGUGGACAACGGGGUGAGGCUGAUGGUGGACGCUGAGCAGACAUACUUCCAGCCGGCCAUCAGCAGACUGACCCUGGAGAUGCAGAGACUCUUCAACAGAGAGAAGCCCAUCAUCUUCAACACCUACCAGUGCUACCUCAAGGAAGCGUAUGACAAUGUGUCUGUGGACGUGGAGCUGUCGCGGCGUGAGGGCUGGUACUUUGGGGCCAAGCUGGUUCGCGGAGCCUACAUGUACCAGGAGAGGAGCAGAGCGGAGGAAAUCGGUUAUGAGGACCCCAUCAACCCAGAUUACGAGGCCACCAAUAGAAUGUACCACAAGUGUUUAGAGUUUGUGUUGGAGGAGAUCGACAACAACAGAAAGGCUAAUGUCAUGGUGGCGUCACACAACGAGGACACUGUCAAAUUCACCCUGGGAAAGAUGAACGAGAUGGGUCUGUCCCCCACUGAGAAAAAGGUCUAUUUUGGACAGCUGCUCGGCAUGUGUGACCAGAUAAGCUUCCCUCUAGGCCAGGCUGGAUUCCCAGUGUACAAGUACGUCCCCUACGGCCCAGUCAACGAGGUCAUCCCCUACCUGUCUCGCCGUGCCCUGGAGAACAGGGGCUUCAUGAAGGGAUCCCAGAGGGAGCGCAGCCUGCUGUGGAAGGAGCUCAAACGCAGGCUGCUCAACGGACAGAUCCUCUACAGGCCUGUGUACUGACUGAGCUGACUGACUGAGCUGCCUGACUGUCUGGCGCACCAGCACUCUGCCCCUUUAAAACAUUCCAGUGUCUUAACUGAACCUGCCCUGGUUACAAUGGAGGAACCCUAACUGCCACUUAAAUGGAAUUUUCACAUAGUCAUGCACUGAUGUCAAUGGGAGACUAAAGUGAAAAUUUGACUUACAGUAAGUGGAAGUUAGUGUUUACCCCUGUGGCUUUAGAAUGUACUGUAGAUAGGUGUGUCUAGUACUGAGAUAUGAUCCUAAUGCCAAGUGACCCUCUACCUACCUUUUGCUCUAUUUAUUGCUGUUGAAAGUGUCCUUAUUAUAUACGAUGAUGCAUAUCCACUGCUUUUGUCAUGGUUCAGUGGCUUGCGAAAGUAUUCAUCCUAUUUUGUUGCCUUAUAACCUGGAAUUAAAAUUGAUUUUUUUGGGGGGGGGUUGUAUCAUUUGAUUUACACAACAUGCCUACCACUUUGAAGAUGCAACAUUUAUUUUCUUGUGAAACAAACAAAAAAAACAGAACUUGAGUGUGCAUAACUAUUCACCCCCUCAAAGUCAAUACUUUGUAGAGCCACCCUUUGCAGCAAUUACAGCUGCAAGUCUCAUAGGGUAUGUCUAUAAGCUUGGCACAUCUAGCCACUGGGAUUUUUGCCCAUUUUUCAAGGCAAAACUGCUCCAGCUUCUUCAAGUUGAAUGGGUUCCACUGGUGUACAGCAAUCUUUAAGUUAUACCACAGAUUCUCAAUUGGAUCGAGGUCUGGGCUUUGACUAGGCCAUUCCAAGACAUUUAAAUGUUCCCUUUAAACCACUCAAGUGUUGCUUUAUCAGUAUGCUUAGGGUCAUUGUCCUGCUGGAAGGUGAACCUCUGUCCCAGUCUCAAAUCUCUUGAAGACUGAAACAGAUUUCCCUCAAGAAUUUCCCUGUAUUUAGCGCCAUCCAUCAUUCCUUCAAUUCUGACCAGUUUCCCAGUCCCUGCCGAUGAAAAACACCCCCACAGCAUGAUGCUGCCGCCACCAUGGUUCACUGUGAGGAUGGUGUUCUCGGGGCAAUGAGAGGUGUUGGGUUUGAUCCAGACAUAGCGUUUUCCUUGAUGGCCAAAACGCUCAAUUUUAGUCUCAUCUAACCAGAGUACCUUCUAUUUGUUUGGGGAGUCUCCCACAUGCCUUUUGGCAAACACCAAAGGUAUUUUUUUAUUCAAGCAAUUUUUCUGGACACUCUUCUGUAAAGCUCAGCUCUGUGGAGUGUACGGCUUAAAAUGGUCCUAUGGACAGAUACUCCAAUCUCAGAUGUGGAGCUUUGUAGCUCCUUCAGUGUUAUCUUUGGUCUCUUUGUUGCCUCUCUGAUUAAUGCCCUCUUGCCUGGUUUUGGUGGAUGGCCCUCUUGGCAGGUUUAUAAUGGAUUUAAUGGUGCUCCGUGAGAUGUUCAAAGUUUCGGAUAUCUAUUUAUAACCCAACCCUGAUCUGUACUCCACAACUUUGUCCCUGACCUGUUUGGAGAGCUCCUUGGUGUUCAUGGUGCCGCUUGCUUGGUGGUGUUGCAGACUGGAGCCUUUCAAAACAGGUGUAUAUAUACUGAGAUCAUGUGACACUUAGAUUGCACACAGGUGGACUUUAUUUAACUAAUGUUACUUCUGAAGGUAAUUGGUUGCACCAGAUCUUAUUUAGGGGCUUUAUAGCAAAGGGGGUGAAUACAUAUGCACAGACCACUUUUCCGUUGUUUUUUUUUAACAAGUAAAAAAAAUAUAUAUAUAUAUUUUGUAAAUGUCCAUUACAUGAUAUCCAAAUAAAAAUCAAUUUAGAACACAGGUUGUAAUGCAACAAAAUAUAAAAAAUGCCAAGUGGGGUGAAUACUUUUGCAAGGCGCUGUAUUCGGUGGUAUUUUUUUAUGUAAAUAACUUAUCGAGUGGUCGUAUUAGUUUAACUGUAAAUUGAUUAAACUAUUUGACAGAU